AGGCAAACACACACUCACACAUCGACCCUCGUGUGACUCGGACGUGUCCCGUUGACCCGCCGGCCUGUUUACAUUCUGUACACAGUGACUUCACCUUCUACCGUGUCUGUGAUUUAUUUAAAUAAUUUAUUAAAUUGUUAUUAGUUCGAAAUGGCAAACAACCGAGCGACCAAAUCAGGAUUUGCAGCUGAAGCCCAGAGAAAGAUCAACAGCAAAUACAGCGAGGAGCUGGCCCACGAGUCCUUGGAAUGGAUUCGGAUGAUCACCGGCGAACCAGAGAACACCUCAGGGGAUAUGGACAACUUCUACGAAGUGCUUAAAGACGGCACUCUUCUGUGCAAGCUAGCCAACAACAUCCACCCGAACAUGAUCAAAAAGAUCAACACAUCGUCGAUGGCCUUCAAGUGCAUGGAGAAUAUCAACGCUUUCCUCGAAGCCGCAAGACAGUUGGGUGUACCGGCACAGGAAACUUUUCAAACUGUCGACCUGUGGGAGAGACAGAAUCUCAACUCCGUCGUGAUCUGCUUGCAGUCACUGGGCAGAAAGGCUGGAACCUACGGGAAGCCGUCAAUAGGACCGAAAGAAGCUGAGAAGAACGUGCGAAACUUCUCCGAGGAGCAGCUCCGGGCUGGUCAGGGAGUCAUAUCUCUUCAGUACGGCUCAAAUAAGGGCGCCAACCAAAGCGGAAUCAACUUUGGUAACACGAGACACAUGUAAAACUGUCUAAACGUGCACAUUUGAAUGGCUUGUUACAAGCAUGCUAGAUGCUUCUAAGUCACUGUACUAAAAUUUAGGCGCGAAAACUUCUACAUUCUUAAUAACAGUCAUUCCUUACAAAAAAGUCUGUACUUAGAUUCCAAUAAUGUAGGUAAGAAUGACAUUUUGAAAAUAAAAGACGAAUCCUUUUUAUUUUUACCUUUGAUAUAACACCUAGUUCAUAAUAAGAUUUCAGUUAUGUUUGUCAUUCCAUUUAUAUUAAAAAUAAUUAUUUAAGAUUUUACAAAAUAAAAAAAGGAUAAUCGACCGUGUUUAAUCUUUAAAAACAU